CACUUGCCACCGCUUCCAAAAAUCGGGGUGAAUUGAGACAUUACUUUCUCCGGAAGUGUCUCUUCUCUCUGGGCGAGGACGAGAAGCUGUGUUCUACGGACGUGACUGACAUUGCAAAGGGAAAGUUCUUCGCAUCGUGCGGGAUGCCGAGUGUGUGGUGUCCGUGCGCUUCGUGCCGCGUCUGGAUCAUCGCUGCUGUAUUUGCGUGGACAACUCACCUUUCUGUGUCGGUUUCAACCCUUCCUUCGCUAUCGGAUUGCGGUCGACAGAAGAUCAGGGACGGCAGAAUCGUUGGUGGUGACGACGCCUACGAUGGAGAAUUCCCGUGGAUUGCAUCUGUUCGACUUUAUGGACAACAUUUCUGCGGAGGGACUAUCCUCAACAAACGUUGGAUCGUCACGGCAGCUCAUUGCUUACGGAGUAAACCCCCUCGCUACUUCACGGUGCGGCUGGGAGAGUACAACGUGAGAGAGGCUGAGCCCGACCAUGCCAUCCAAGACAUUCGCCUGGUGCGCUACGUCAUCCACCCGCAAUACUCGGUCCCGAAGCGCUACAAUAACGACAUCGCUCUCUUGGAGCUGUCCAAGGACAUCGAGUUCAACCGCUACGUCAUCCCCAUCUGCCUCCCGAACACCACGAUCAACCUGACAGGGAGAUCGGCCACAAUCGCCGGGUGGGGAAACAUCAAGGACGUCGAGAAAGACUCCCUCGUGGAUGCCUUCCAAGGAGCCCGAAAGGAUGUCCUUCAAAAAGUCACGGUUCCCAUUCUUUCGAACGAGGUCUGCAACUCCUGGUACGCCCAGUCGGGAAAGUUGGUUCUGCUCCAAAAGACACAGAUCUGCGCGGGCUUCAAGGAAGGCAAGAAAGACGCUUGUCAGGGUGAUUCCGGAGGUCCGAUGAUGUUCUACGAUGGUUCAAGAUACGUGCUUAUCGGCGUCAUAUCGGCUGGCUUCGGAUGUGCCAGGCCGUUGCUCCCUGGACUUUAUACAAGGGUAUCUGAGUACACCUCAUGGUUCGAGAAACACAUCAACUCCUGAGCAAGGCACAAGGGAGGAGUUAGUCGCGGACUGAUACGCUGUUAGUGUUUUUGCGCUUGGACUCGGCCAGU